GCACUUUAUCCGUCUUGGAGAGUGGUACAUUUACUGAGGCGUUACGUUUUGAAAGGUUGUACUCCAUUGGCAGUCGCCGGAGAGAGCGAGGAUGAGUUAAGGAGGUGUAAAGGAACAGAAUAAGGCUUCGGAAGUGGAAAAUUGAACAAAUAAGUUGUUUUGUUGUGAAAGAAAAACAUUGGGGGAGUUAAGCUGCACUGUGAUCAGCAAGGAACCAUUCAACUCCGACCUCCGAUGCAAAGGCUCCAUGGCAUAAAGCCUGUCCUCAGAUUUAGCUGGUCCUUGGGGAUUGCUGCCGAGCUGCUCACCUACUCUGACGCACCGCUGCCAUUUUCCACAGCCUGAGGGGAACCAGGAAGCAGCCGGCAGGAGAUAUGCCUGCCCUGGCUACUGGAGCCGGCCACGAGCCAGGCCUGUAUGAGCUGCUGGCGGCCCUGCCAUCCCAGCUGCAGCCUCAUGUCAGCCGCCCUGAGGACAACACCUUCCUUCAGGACAUGUUUGGAGAGAGAAGCCUCCACUCACUUGUUAAGAUCCAUGAGCGGCUGCAGCACUAUGAAGAAAGCAAACCCAUCCCUGUUCUGGACAGCGCAGCAGCUCUGGCCCGUGAAUUGUCUGAGGAGCUGGAAGGAAAAUCAGCCAAUGGAGAAAUCAAAGAGCUUCUUAAACUACUGGAAAAACCCCAUGUGAAGAGCCUUCUGUCCGUCCAUGACACAGUUGCCCAGAAGAGUUAUGACCCUGAACUACCUCCGCUGCCUGAAGACAUCGAUGAUGACGAGGAUUCUGUGAAAAUUAUAAGACUGGUCAAAAACAAGGAGCCUCUCGGAGCAACAAUAAGACGUGAUGAACACACAGGAGCCAUCCUCGUGGCAAGAAUCAUGAGAGGAGGGGCAGCUGAUAGAAGUGGGCUGAUUCAUGUUGGGGAUGAACUGAAGGAGGUCAAUGGAAUCCCUGUGGAUGACAAGAAACCAGAGGAAAUCAUUCGUAUUCUGGCCCAGUCACAAGGAGCCAUUACUUUUAAAGUUGUCCCUGGUGUCAAGGAAGACGCGCCAGCCAAGGAGCCAAAGGUGUUUGUGAAGGCACUCUUUGACUACGACCCUAAAGACGACAAAGCUAUCCCAUGUAAAGAGGCGGGAUUGGCCUUCAAGAAAGGCUCCAUCCUUCAGAUCAUGAGCCAAGAUGAUGUAACCUGGUGGCAGGCCAAACAUGAGGGUGACGCCAAUCCCCGUGCCGGCCUAAUACCGUCCAAACAGUUCCAGGAGCGGAGAUUUGCACUGCGACGACCCGUUGCAACCCUCCCAUUCCAGCGGACCUCUAGCAGACGAUCAUAUGAUGUGGCUGUAGAGUUUGCUGAGGAGAUCGAAGAAGACGCAGACUAUAGUAGCGGAUUUCACCUAGCUGGGUUCAGGAGAAGCUUCCGUCUCAGCAGGAGAGACAAGAAGACCAACAAGUCCAUGUACGAGUGUAAGAAGAGUGAAAUAUACGACAUGGCUGACGUUCCCACAUACGAGGAGGUCACUCCAUACCGCAGGCAGGGUGGAGCCAAACACAGGCUGGUGGUCCUUGUAGGCCCCACAGGUGUCGGCAUGAAUGAACUCAAGAGGAAACUGUUGAUCUCUGACCCUCAGCACUUCAGUGUGACUAUCCCACACACCAGUCGGGCCAAAAGGAGUCAGGAGAGUGACGGCGUUGAGUACCACUUCAUCUCCAAACAUCUUUUUGAGACCGACAUCCACAACAACAAGUUCAUUGAGUAUGGGGAGUACAAAGGGAAUUACUAUGGGACAAGUCUGGACUCUAUACGCUCCGUCCUCUCCAAGAACAAAGUGUGCCUAUUGGAUGUCCAGCCUCAUACAAUAAAACACCUGAGGACAGCAGAGUUUAAACCCUUCGUUGUGUUCGUGAAGCCUCCGUCGAUUGAGAGACUGAGGGAAACCAGAAAGAACGCCAAAAUCAUAUCAGGCAAAGAUGACAAGGGAACUGCCAAACCUUUCAUGGAAGAGGACUUUCAGGAGAUGCUGAGCACCGCCCAGACCAUGGAGACUCAAUAUGGUCAUCUGUUUGAGAAGGUUAUAGUCAACGAUGACCUCUCGGCGGCCUUCAGCGAGCUGCGGUUGGCGCUAAAGAAGGUGGAGAUGGAGACACACUGGGUUCCAGUCAGCUGGACUCACUCCUGAGACACCACACAGACUGUAAAAGGAGAAAAGGGAAGGGCUUCAACAGAAAUAUGCAGGUUUUUAUCUUUUUUAUAUCUGCUGCGGCUGGUGUUUGGGGGAUAACGGGAAUAAAACAAGACAGCGCCAGACUGCUGUGUCGCCAUACCUGAGCUGCACCCAGCUAAAAAUAAGCAUUUGCCCGGGAUCAGGUUGGAUUUAGACCUCAGCUGCGGUCUGGAUGUGGAUCUCCAGGUCUGACCAGAUCUGACAGGGUUGCGGCUAAGGGCUCCUGUCCAGAAUCUGGGUCUUGGACAUUGAUCUGGGUCUCAGUCUGGGUCACACAACCAUGGCCACAAGCUGGAGCUCCUUGGUCCAAACCAGAAUGUGGAACGAGCCCGGACCAUCACAGCACCAGCAGUCCUGCCAGCACAUCAGUAAUCUGGCCAAGCAGGACUCCUUCUUUAGUGUGUUUAUAACAUUAGACCAUUAGAAACCAAAGGGAUUGACGUAUUUCUUCUUUGUAGACAACUUACAUGCAUAUGUCUGUAAAAGAACACAUCGUCUGAGGGGAAAUCGAGGAGAAAAGAAAACAUACUUGCCUUCUGUCUUUCUAUAUUUCUGGGCUUCUAAAAUGCUUCCAUGACUGUUACUCCAAACAAAACACUGUCAGGUACACAGAAAGGGCAAUAAGUGUAAUUUUAUUUAAAAGAAAUUAAUAUAUUUUCUAAUAUCUUCCAGUAGUUUUUGAAUACUUUUUAUACACAGUUUUCGACUUUAAGAGCAACCUGAUCUCAACUGUAGCCACCUCUGUGACAGAAUUUUACACUGGAGGCAUCUCUUCUUUCAGUCAAGUGUUUUGAUUUCAUCUCCCCGGUCUAGUUUUCCCUCUACAAAGCGCAUACAGAGCUAUUUUAUUUAGGUGUUGUAUAUUCCAUUCGGCAGCGUUUUAAACAGCCACCCUUUCUGUGACGGUGCCCAGCAUAACAGCUUUGCCAUUGAAAGUCCCAGAACUGGACACUCUUGGCUGUCUGCUAGAAGAAAAUGUUCACAAUUGUGUUUUAUUAGGGUGGAGUCUUUAUUUUUAUUCACAUAAAAAAUGCCUUGAGCAAGGCUGCUAAUAGUGGCUCCAUAGCACACUUCCAGGAUUUUAACAUAAGUAGCCGCUCCUGACUUUAUGAGCAUUAGGAGUUUAUUGCUAAUUUGAGUCACCCAUUCCCAGUCUUACUCAUUUUUUACUCAGUCCUUUUCUUUCUAAGCUUUUUAUCAUAGAUAUGCUUAACUUUAACUUCUGGAACACUGAUGUCAAAAGCAGCUUGUCAUCGAAUCUCUUUCUGUUAGUAACAUUGUUACAACCCUUGUAGAUUGAAGGGCUGCUUUCUUGCUGAUGCUGAGAAGAAUGAGGUGGGAAGAUCACAUUCAUGUCUACAGGUAGAAACCUAGAGUCAUGAGGCAGACGUUCUAAUCUUCCACAGAGAUUGGAAACAAGGAAGAACAGCCGUCCUGGCUCUGUUAGCACUUCUAGAGUUGUGGUUUCAUGAACUCCUUUCUGCUUGUGAACUGGAACAAUUCAUUCAUUUGUAAGAUUUUUCACUUCAAACAAGCUUUCUGCAUUUUUCCCUUAUAAUGACGUCACAUUUUUUCUGCUCCAACCAUCACCAUCUUCAACUGCAAAAUAUGUAAUAGCUACAGAGCCACAGCUCAAAACGUGUCACAGCAAAGGCAGUAAAUUGAGAGAUACGUAUGUUUUUUGGCUUAAUAUUUUCUACUAGACUGCAUCUAUUUCAUGUGAGAACAAAAUAAAGUCCACAUUUUUACCACACAACAAGAAUAUCCUCUAAAAAUCCAAAGCAUUUUAGAGCAUUUUUUGUAAAAAUUAUACAUUUUGCACUAUGGACCAACACAAAUAUUAGAUCAGACACUGCCAGGGCAGCUCAGUCUAACAAUGAACUGCCCUGCAGUGCUUUGACAAAUUUGUUCUCUUUGCCUCCAGUCUGCUAAGCUAGGUUAAUUGCCCUCGUGCUUUAGGUGCAUAUUUAACAUACAGACCUGAAAGUGGCAUCAAUCUUUUCUCCUACUCUACCGUUCAAAAGUUUGGGGUCACCCAGACAAUUUAAUGUUUUCCAUGAAAACUCACAUUUUUAUCCAUGUGCUAACGUAACUGCCCAAGGGUUUUCUAAUCAUCAGUGAGCCUUUCAACACCAUUAGCUAACACAAUGCAGCAUUAGAACACAGGAGUGAUGGUUGCUGGAAAUGUUCCUCUGUACCCCUAUGGAGAUAUUCCAUUAAAAAUCAACAGUUUCCCGCUAGAAUAGUCAUUUAUCACAUUAACAACGUCCAGACUGUAUUUCUGAUUAAUUUAAUGUUAUCUUCAUUGGAAAAAAUGCUUUCCAUUCAAAAAUAAGGACAUUUCUAAGUGACCCCAAACCUUUGAACGGUUGUGUAGUCUCAGUAAGAAAGCAAAUAAACAUAUUAUCCAAAAUAUGUAAAUUAUUCCCAUACCUUUUUAAACUCAGAAAAGGGGCCACCAUACCUUGGGAAUCCCCUCAUUUAAUGUUCAAAGUCCAGCUCAGGUGCCCAAAUUCUUUUUAUGUGCAUUUGACCAUUUCUACCUGCUGUCAUGUUUGCAUACUUGAUUUCUGUCCAUCUUUUUAAAAGGGUCAUUUGAGUGUUGAUGCUGUUCAUUAAGAUAACAGAACUUAACACGCUUUAAAGGGACUUUAAUAACUGUCACCUCUUUACUUGGCCCCUCGUUUUUUAUUUGUCUUAGUGUAAGAUCAUGUCCCCUUUUCAUACAUUAUUUUAUUUGUCACAUCUGCCACCUCUUUUGUUGAUCAGAAUCAGAUUUGUACAGUCUCCAGAAAAUAUUUUACAUGUCUUGCUGUAAAUGAUAUGCUGUUUAUGAGGCGAGUUGUAUGAAUUUACAUUAUUCUUGAUAACUGCUACAUUUUAUAUUAAAGAAAAUUCAACUAAA